CGUUCGUUGUUUCGUUCUAAUGGUUCUACCUACGCAUCCAGGUUAGGCUAUCAUAACUUGCUUGAUCCUAUACUAUUAUAGAUUUCCUCAAAUUGAUUGAUUGAAGAAUCUUAAUAUAAUAUAAUUUUACUGGUAAAGCAGCAUGUCACCAGCAGGUAAAGCAGUCAUGUGUUCCAGGAUGUUUCUUCGGUCUACCAUGGCUUGGUAUAUGCCAAAUACAUUAAAAAUGCCAGGUUUGCAAGCUUACCUGAGCACAACUAAACGUGUUUGCAACUCAGAAAUGGUCGAUCCACCAAGCAGUGAGCCUCCGAUACCAGCCUACCAGGAGAAGUACGACGAGCCUCUCAAACUCAAAAGAGCAAGACUCUUGUACCAAUCAAGGAAGAGGGGGAUGCUAGAGAACGGCUUGGUUUUGAGUACAUUUGCAGCAAAACAUCUAGACUCUAUGGAAGGUGAACUUAUCGAUCAGUACGACAGACUUAUUAACUUGCCUACCAAUGAUUGGGACAUCUACUACUGGGCUACAGGCGUCAAACCAACACCUCUAGAGUUCAACAACAAAGUUAUGGAUCUGCUUAAGGACCAUGUCAAGAACAAAAACAAGGAAAAUCGAAUCAGGCAACCAGAUUUAACCUUUAACCUGUCUUAAACAAAGAUGAUUUUUGAAAACUGAUCUGUUCAUAGUAUUAUUGUAAAUAAAAUAUUAAUUUAGUAUAGGUACUGUUCCAAUUUUUCACAAUUUUAACAAAUGAUAAUGGUGUAUGCCUCCUUUGUUGCAUGCUGCUGCCUUGCAAGUUGUAGCUGUUAUCUAUGUUUAAAAUGUGUACCUAAUAAAAAGUUCAUUAAAAAUAA